AUGAAGUCAGCCCUAUUUCUUCUCCCGGCAGCCGCAUCGGCCGCUCUUAUAUCAUCCACCCAAAAUGACGUCAAGAAUGGAGGUGCAUGCAAAGCCAUGACCAUUCUCUUCGCCCGUGGUACUACUGAGAUCGGCAACAUGGGCACCGUCGCAGGUCCGCCUUUCGUCAGUGCUGUCGGCGCAAUGAUGGGCGGAGACGUAGCCGUCCAGGGUAUCGAGUACCCAGCAGAUGUACCUGGCUUUCUUGUUGGCGGUGACGCAGGUGGCAGCAAGUUGAUGGCGCAGAUGGUUGGACAAGUCAAGGCAAAGUGCCCCGACACCACACUGGUCAUGGCAGGAUACUCCCAGGGAGGUCAACUCGUCCACAACGCAGCUGCCAUGCUCAGCGCUGACGACUCUGCCUUUGUCUCCAGCGCCGUCAUCUUCGGCGACCCAGACAACGGCCAGGCCGUCGGCAAAGUCGCCGCUGCAAACACAAAGGUUAUCUGUGCACCUGGCGAUCUUAUCUGCGCGGGUCAAGCUAUCAUUCUGCCACCCCAUCUGUCGUAUGGCGCAAAUGCGAACGAGGCGGCCAAGUUCGUCACUUCCAAAAUGGCUGCCAAGGCUGCUGCGCGAUCGGUCAAGGCGAGGAGCUUCACUGCAUAA